AUGGACAUCUUCAAUAUUCCAGUCGAGAUGAAGCUCGAGAUAUUCAGCUAUCUUGAUCUAACGGACAUGAGCGCAAUAAUAUCAGCGUCACCUACCAUGUUACGCUGCUUCGAGACAAACGAGCAACGCAUACUCAAGGAAUAUAAGACUGAAAUCGGUGACUUUUACCAAAGUCUCUCCAAUAUAUUUCUUGCUUACCAUGUUGGCCGUCUUUAUCGCAUACGAGAACGCCACUGCAUCGACACGCAAGAGAUGGUUAAAACGCAGGUUCGACCUGUGCUGGACGAGAUCAGGAAGCUGAACUUUGCUAAAGCAUGGAAUGAGCCAGGGUUGUCACCUGUCCAGUUGAAGAUGGCCCGGGAUUCAGAACCGUUCAUUCGCGAAGGCUUGGCAACUCGUAGCAGAGUAUUCCUGUUGCAGGACCCAGCCUUUAAGGAAAGGCGAGAGGCAUAUAUCGAGUCUAUUCUUCUGUUUGAAUGCUACACCAAGAUAUUCUACCAUGACGGAGGCUUCUUGUUCACUGGUAGAUCCGACAUAUUGGAUAACUUACGGCUGUUCAACAGGCCAACCUGUGGCCAAAUACCUCCCACACAAUCGAAACAAUUAUACAGAUUCGAGCUCCAGUCCCAGUUUCGAGACUUAUAUAAGAUGGGGCGACGACCGCUGGACGAUAUACCUUGGAUCAGCGAACCAACUGUAGUCCAGGAGCAAUUCCAGAUGCAUCUUAUGAUGCAAGGAUAUUCCUUUCUGGAUCGUCUGCAACGCCUUGAUCCAAUCGAUAGAGUUAAAGAACUACGACUUCGCCUUUGGCAUUUCGACAAGAGAAAUAAAUGGGCACAAUAUGAGGAUUUGACGCGGGAAAUCCAGAGUGCACUGGAUGUUUGGAUAAACCGAAACUCUAAUUGGUACUAG